AUGAAGCGGAGUGAUGCUUCUUCUGAGGAGAUUCCCCUGCAAAGGACUAGGAGAUCCGGGCUUGACUCGACUGCCGAGGCCGAACAAGGAGCUGAGCCGAUACCUGACACCGAGGCUCCAGUGGAUACCGGCUCACUGCCCGCUGGGGACCCAGCUGCAACAUCCGAGGCACCUGCUCCUACCGAGGCUGCUGGUGCUGCUCCGGCCUCUCCUACUCCUGCUCCGAGGUCGGACAACCUCGAUGAUAUGUUCUUGGAAACCCCUCCUGCAACCGGGGAAGCUGCCGGUUUCGGACAUCUCCCUAUCCCUCGAGCCACGAGGGCAGCUAGCCGGUCCACCGAAACUGGUGCAAGGGAGAGCCUGGUGCGCAUCUUCCCGGCUCCAAGUGUGGAACCUAGGAGGACAAGAUCGGCCGUGAUUACCGUCCCCGAGGACUGCAGCUUUUUGUCUCGUCCGGUGGGAGUAGCAAGCUAUCUGAGGCCCCUCGUCUCGGACUCGGAUAAGCGGAAGAUGACCGGAGUCCCCUGGCAGAGUCUCAUUAACGAGGGCAUGCACGCGGGCAAUCGAAGUGUGGUGCUCGUCAAUGAAGCCUUCAUCCGUGCUCAGCAAGAGGUUGACGACCUUAGAGGCCAGCUGGAUGCCCAGGGUCGGGAAACGGAGAAGUUCCAGCACCUUUUGCAAGUGAAGGAGGAUGAAUUGAACCGAGCUGUUGCCCUUACCAACCUUCAACCCGAGCUCGACGCAGCGAAGGCCGAAAACCUUCGGUUAAAGGAUGAGCUGGCCGGGAUGGUCGAGAAGAACCGGCUUCUGGAAGCGGAGAAGGUCGGCCUUAGCCAAGACAAUGCUCGUUUUUCUUCGAGGCUUAGUGAGCUCGAAACCACUAUCUCUCAACUCCGGGGGGAGCUUGACUCGGUCAAGUCUGAUGCCGUGAACAUGGCCGAGAGGCAUCGGCUGCUUGAAUCCGAGAGUGCUAAGUAUAAGGAGAGAAUGAGGGUGUUCGAGCGAAAAGCCGAGGACAGGGCCCGGAUAUGCGACGAGCUGAAAAUCGAACUCGAGGAGACGGCCGAGGCUAAUGACCUUCUCAAAGCCGAGCUCGAGUCGGCCACUCAAUUCCAAAGAAUCCUCGAUGAAGAGAGAGAUGAAUUAGUGGCCAAGCUGGCCCAGGCUGAGGCCGAUUUGGCAGAAGCCCUAAGGAGUGUGGAGGCUGCCGAGGCUCAUUCCACGAUUGCGGUGGAGUAUGAACGGUGGAAGUCUCGGAGGGCCACCCUUGAGCAAGCCGAGCGUGGCUUUGCGGAUCUCCCGGCCCUGAUACUCGAAGCUAAAAGGACCGAGGAAGAAGCCAAGAGAGCCCUCGAUACUGACUCCGAAGACUCCGAGCGGACAGUAUCCGAACAUUCUGGAUCCAGCCACACCGGAUAGACCAGGGCCUGUAUUUAGCCUUUAUUUUGUCUUUUGCCUUUUUGGCUUGAUUUUUGUUUUUCAACUUCGUAGGAAUUUCAGGUGUAAAAAACCUACAUAUAUGAAAUGUGCAUUUUUCUUGUUGACUUUCUUUAUUCUUUUGCUUGAAUGCUUGUUAUGACUUUUGCCCGAAUUGUCGGUCCGUUAUAAGGACAAGCAGAGACUUCGGAGUCAUUUUUUCGGACUAUGCCUGUAUAUUGGCUUUUCUCUUCGUCCGGUACGUUUUGUCCGGGAAUUUGAUCGAGUGGUUUGCCCGUGGGACUUAUUUAUGCUUUGUGAAUUCAGACGUCUCCGAAUCACGUUAGGCAUUUUUAGGGCCGAUAUUUUUUUGGCUAUUCACUUAUCAUAGAUUAGGUUCGGACACCUGAAUCCCUGCCUUACCAAUUUUUGAUGUAGCAGUCCCCAUUCGAGGGUG